CUCACAAUCCCUUUCCAAGAAGACUUGCCCCGAAUCUCAGUGUUUGGGGUUGGACUUGCAAGCUAGGUUUCGGGUUUUGGAGAUUCAAAUUUGUUUUCUCAAAUUUUGGAGAUUCUGUACGAAAAACUUGGUGGGCGGAGAGUUGGAGCUGACAGAGAGAUGGGUGUGGAUGAUAAAUCGAUUGCCCUUGAUGCCGUCAACAAGGAAGCUGUUGACCUGGAGAACAUGCCCCUCAAAGAAGUAUUUGAACAUCUUAAAUGUACAAAAGAGGGUCUGAGCACCGAUGCAGUUCAAGAACGGUUGGAAGUGUUUGGAUACAACAAACUAGAAGAGAAAAAGGAAAGUAAAAUACUGAAGUUUUUGGGCUUUAUGUGGAAUCCUCUGUCAUGGGUCAUGGAAGCAGCAGCUUUAAUGGCGAUUGCUCUUGCACAUGGAGGGCAUAAGGGCACAGAUUAUCAUGACUUCUUUGGCAUCUUGAUCUUGCUCAUUAUCAACUCUACCAUCAGUUUUAUUGAGGAAAAUAAUGCUGGCAAUGCGGCUGCUGCUCUUAUGGCUCGAUUAGCUCCAAAAGCCAAGGUCCUGCGUGACGGGAAGUGGAGUGAGGAAGAUGCUUCAGUGUUAGUUCCAGGUGAUAUAGUAAGCAUCAAACUUGGGGACAUUGUACCUGCUGAUGCACGCCUUCUUGAAGGAGAUCCUCUAAAAAUUGAUCAGUCUGCUCUUACCGGAGAAUCACUUCCUGUAACCAAGAACCCUGGCGAUGGAGUUUACUCGGGUUCAACAUGUAAGCAAGGUGAAAUUGAAGCAGUUGUUAUUGCAACUGGAGUUCAUACUUUCUUCGGGAAAGCAGCUCAUCUUGUGGAAAAUACGACACACGUCGGGCAUUUCCAGAAGGUUUUAACUGCAAUUGGAAACUUCUGCAUUUGCUCAAUUGCUGUUGGUAUCGUAAUUGAACUCAUUGUCAUAUAUGGGGUUCAUAAGAGGAAAUAUCGUGUUGGUAUCGAUAACCUUCUUGUCCUACUCAUUGGUGGGAUCCCCAUUGCAAUGCCAACUGUUCUUUCUGUUACCAUGGCUAUCGGUUCACAUCGCUUAUCUCAGCAGGGUGCUAUAACAAAGAGAAUGACUGCAAUUGAGGAAAUGGCAGGGAUGGAUGUGCUAUGCAGUGAUAAAACAGGCACACUCACACUUAACAAGCUCACCGUGGACAAAAAUAUGAUCGAGGUUUUUGCCAAUGGUGUUGAGAAGGAUAUGGUUGUACUAAUGGCUGCAAGAGCAUCACGGUUAGAGAAUCAGGAUGCUAUUGAUGCUGCAAUUGUUUCAAUGUUGGCUGAUCCUACGGAGGCCCGAGCUGGAAUUAAAGAAGUUCAUUUCCUCCCAUUCAAUCCAACGGACAAAAGGACAGCACUCACAUACGUAGAUAAAGCUGGUGAAAUGCAUAGAGUGAGCAAAGGCGCACCAGAGCAGAUUCUCAAUCUAGCGCAUAACAAAUCACAAAUUGAACGGAAGGUGCAUUCAAUGAUUGACAAAUUUGCAGAGCGUGGGCUUCGAUCCCUUGGAGUUGCCCGCCAGAAAGUACCUGCCGGUAACAAGGAUAGUCCUGGUGGCCCCUGGGAAUUCGUAGGACUUCUCCCUCUCUUUGACCCUCCUCGUCAUGAUAGUGCUGAAACAAUCCGGAGAGCUCUCGAUCUUGGUGUUAGUGUUAAGAUGAUAACAGGUGAUCAACUGGCAAUUGCUAAGGAAACCGGAAGACGGCUUGGAAUGGGCACUAACAUGUACCCCUCUUCGUCUUUGCUUGGUGACAAUAAGGAUGCAGCAACUGCAGCUAUACCAAUUGAUGACCUCAUUGAAAAAGCUGAUGGUUUUGCCGGAGUGUUUCCUGAACAUAAGUAUGAGAUUGUAAGGAGAUUACAAGCUAGAGAACACAUCUGUGGAAUGACUGGUGAUGGAGUAAACGAUGCACCUGCUUUAAAGAAAGCAGACAUAGGAAUUGCAGUUGCAGAUUCUACAGAUGCUGCUCGUAGCGCUUCUGAUAUAGUUCUGACAGAACCUGGGUUGAGUGUAAUCAUUAGCGCUGUCUUAACAAGCCGUGCAAUCUUCCAACGAAUGAAAAACUACACGAUAUAUGCUGUUUCUAUCACUAUUCGUAUUGUGCUGGGCUUUAUGUUGCUGACUGUUUUCUGGAAAUUUGACUUCCCGCCUUUUAUGGUUCUUGUCAUCGCCAUUCUUAACGAUGGUACUAUCAUGACAAUAUCCAAGGACAGAGUUAAACCUUCUCCUUUUCCAGAUAGUUGGAAGCUAAGUGAAAUUUUUGCAACUGGAAUCGUCCUUGGUGGUUAUUUGGCUCUAAUGACAGUAAUAUUCUUCUGGUUAGCUUAUGAAACAAACUUCUUUGAGCAUCAUUUUCAUGUAAAGAGCUUCAACAGUAAUCAUUUUGACAUGAAAAACAAGACUCAAGCUGAUCCACUCAAAGAAAUGUUGGCAUCUGCUGUUUAUCUUCAAGUCAGCACCAUCAGCCAGGCCUUGAUAUUUGUGACUCGCUCCAGGGGCUGGUCUUUCACAGAGCGACCUGGUCUUCUGCUUGUAGUUGCUUUCAUCUUGGCUCAAUUGAUUGCUACUGUAAUAUCCGCCGAAGCAACCUGGAAAGUUGCUGGAAUAAGGAAAAUAGGUUGGGGCUGGACUGGUGUUAUUUGGUUGUACAAUGUAGUAACUUACGUGCUACUCGAUCCUAUAAAGUUUGCCGUUCGAUAUGCACUUAGCGGCAAAGCCUGGAGUCUGGUGGUCGAAAAAAGAACUGCAUUCACAACCCAAAAGGAUUUUGGAAGGGAAGCUCGCGAGGCUGCAUGGGCAGCUGAGCAGCGGACACUGCACGGCCUCCAGCCUGUUGAGCAAAGAAGGUUUACCGAUCAUAGCACUUUUAGGGACAUUAAUCUUAUGGCAGAAGAAGCUAAAAGGCGUGCGGAGAUUGCAAGAAUGAGGGAACUUCACACUCUUAAAGGGAAGGUAGAAUCAUUUGCUAAGCUGAGGGGAUUAGACAUCGAUGCCAUGAACCAGAACUAUACUGUCUGACCGGAAUUCUGAUUAUAUAUAUUUUUUUCUUUUAGUUUGUUUUAAUGUUUAUUAUGUGUAAUUCUUUCCAUUCUUAGCUGAAUUUCUCUUGGACCAUAUAUUUGACAAUAAUUAAUUAUUCUAUAUUUAAUCUUUUUUCUUAAA